GCGAGGUCGCGUGUUAUGAGAAGACAGCGAGCCCCUGCCUUCUCCACCCAUCUCCCUCCCGGGCUGCGGCCGGAAGCCGGCUGCACUCUCGUUGGUUGCCGGCAUUGGCCGUUGUGCUGCCGGGACGGCCGGGGGUUCCUAGAGUGGAGGUGGAGGAGGCGAAGGGUCGUGGACAGAGGAGGAAAGCAAAUGGAUCUCCUGCCAGACUCAGCACCCCUGGCCUCCAGGCUGUGGAACACCCUGGUUCAGUACCACAGCAUCGGAGACAACGAGUGGAGGGUCACCAAGAAAACCAAAGAUGCAACUGUGUGGCGUAAACCAUCAGAGGAAUUCAAUGGAUACCUCUACAAAGCUCAAGGAGUGGUGGAAGAUGUUACCAACAGAAUAGUGGAUCACAUUCGCCCUGGACCUUAUAGGCUAGACUGGGACAGCUUAAUGACGACAAUGGACAUCAUUGAGACAUUUGAUGAGAACUGCUGUGUUAUGCGCUACACCACUGCUGGCCAGCUCUGGAACAUCAUAGCACCAAGGGAGUUUGUUGAUUUCUCUUAUACUACAAGCUAUGAAGACGGGAUUCUAACAUGUGGUAUAAGCCUAGACUGUGGAGAGGUGAGACCUAACUUUGUCCGUGGAUUCAAUCACCCUUGUGGUUGGUUCUGUGUCCCUCUUAAGGACUUUCCUAGCCACAGCCUUUUGACAGGCUAUAUUCAAACUGAACUGCGAGGGAUGCUACCACAAUCUGCAGUGGACACUGCCAUGUCUAGUACCCUGGCCAAUUUCUACUCUGACCUCAAAAAGGCACUUAAAACAUAGGCAAACAGUGACUUCAGAGCUCAUGCAUUUCUUGCAAUCAAAUGCAAUUGUUUAGCUUAGCACAGUUAGCUACUGAAGAAGUGACAUUCUCCUGAAUGGUACCUGAACCUUUAUCCUGAGGGAUCCAAACAAGUUUAUGAAGUACCUUUCAAUGUGAUACUUAGCAUACGUUCCUAAUUCAUGGUGUGAGAUUCCAUUUCCUGCUCAGCACUGUGCAGCUGUGUGAGGAGUAGGCUGAAUCUGUAAACCUCUGGCUUUUUAGGUAGAAAAAACUAAGAUGGUGGGGAGAGAGGGCUUGAAAAAUGCAGCCUGAACUCAGCUCUCUUCAAUAGUAUUGAGAGUGGAUUGCUUAGGAUUUUGCUGGUGCAGGUUGCUGUACAGGCAUCAUCUCAUUGAAGAUGUGAUUUUGUAAUAUAUAUUUUUAUAUUUACUUAAACUUUUUUAUUUAUUUAGUUUGUACAGGUGCAUCUGUAAUUUGUUUUACAAAUUCAGUUAUCAUAGGGACAUUAAAGUUAUUAAAUGAUACUAUUUGCAAGAAAUCUAUUUGCUCUUGUUAGCAAAAACAAGUAUUCAUUAUUGGAAUUUCUUCAGUAUUGUAACUGUAACUUUAACUGCUGUAUGUAGCAAUCUCAGUGCAUAGAUGAAGAAAUGCCCCUACAGCUGAUCCAAAGCUCAUGUAAGUCAUCUGGUGUAUUUCCAUUGUUCUUAGUGGGCUUCUAAUCACACAAUUGUCAAAAUAGCAAGUCUCCGAUUAAUCUCUACAAGUGUAAUACUCAGUAGUUCUAAAGCAUUUUUUCACUUAAAUUUUCAUGCAGUUGUGUUCUGUGGGUUUUUGUGGUUUUGUUGAUUUUUAGGUUUUGGGUUUUUUUUGUGGGUGGGUUUUUUUUGUUUGUUUGUUUGUUUUGUUUUUUUCUUCCUUAACUGAAAAUCCUGGAAUUACGAAAGCAACAGAAAGGAUGACUAACUUGCUUCAGGUGUAGGCGCUGGUGUAGCCACAAUAGCACAGACAGUUAGCAUGCUGGUGCACUGCACUGGAGCAUUGUGUGGUAAUGUCCUGAGAUUGAUCUUUGCAAUAACUGAAAUCAGCAUCUGAAAACAUAAGCACUGAGGGCCAAAGCUCAAGCUGAGAAUUGCUUAGAUCUUCUGGAGAUGAAGAGUCAAAUUUUUAUGGGUACUUAGCUGCCCAGUGUUGCUGACAGGUACAUAUCAGGGGCUUUCAAAAGACUAUUUACUAUUUGUCCUGAUAGAAACCCAAAUUGUCUUUAAAACCUGACAUUAAUCUCUAAUGUUGGUAUGCAUCAUUUGCUCAGAUGAGAUUGUAAUUAUCCCUAUGCUUUACCAGUCCUAGUAGAAGCAGGUUUAACAUAGUAAUUAGGGGAAGUACUUUGGAGUCACAAUAUGUUGUGGUCAGUUGCACAUGUACAAUACAAGGGCUGGUAAUGAGCUCUCAGGAAAAAAAUGUUCUGAUUAGAAUUGUUUCCCUGCAAUAUUGUCCCUGUUGACACUGGCCACUGUAGCUGAAUGCUGAACUCUGAACAGUGAGGACUUUUCUUACUGCUCAGACAUGCUUGUGGUUGUAGAAAGCACAUUCUGCAGUUGCCUUUAAAACUCCUUAGUUACUCUUUCAAACUUUUUUGCUUUCCAUGUUUUCCCCCAUAGUACUGGAAAUUCACAAGGACUACCAAGGACACUAAGGAAUCAGUGUCAGCAGAUACUCUUUUUCCUAAAUGCUAGUGUCCACUCCUUCCUAGUACUGUUAGACAAGUACGAAAGUCUUAGCAAUAGUGCUAUGUGGAAUGAAUGCUGACAUGACCCUAUUUAUUUUUUCCAGUUAUAAAGACUAUGUGUAUAGUGAAUAUACAUAUUCAUGUUUGGUUUUUUAUUAAACUGCUGGGACCAACUAAUUGAAGGGUUGUGAUACAGAUGUACAUAUAGAAGAAAUACUCCAUUGCUCUGUAAAAAGCCCAGUUUAAGUCUACACAGAGGCCCUUCAGUACUGGCAAAAUGGGUUGAAAGGAGCACAGAACACUUUUAGGAUGAUGCUUGUAUAACACUAGGCACUGCAGAAAAGAUUAGGAGGUUUCUGUUCCAAGCAUGCAUUCUAAGGGCUCUAACACUUAUAGGCUAUCUAUCCUUACUUGGGGUUCAGUGAAAUGGCAUUUUAUGCUUUCAUUGAAGAUAGGCUAAUGAAGCACAGAACAGCUGAAGAAAAAAGAGCUUGCAUUUAAAUGGAAGAAAAUUGCUAGUGUAUUUUAGGUAUGAUGAUGUUUUUAAGAAAAUUUUCUCCAUGCAGGUUUCCCUUUUAUGAGGUUGUUUUUAGUAGCAGGCCUAGAAAUUGAAACAUUUUGUGGAUGAGAGUGAAGUUUCUGAAAGCAAAGUAGGCCUUCUAAUUUACUCCUUAAACACCGAUUGAACUGGCUUUGUAUGUUUUAACAGACAUAGUCUAUUGCUGCUGCCAGUGACUCUAACCUUUCAGGUGAGUAACAGAGUAGAGACUGCUGAAGACAGAGAACUGAGGCAGAUUAUUAUUUUUUUUAAUCACUGAAAGAGCAUUGUACAAUUCUGUAGUUUUCAGCUGAGGAGAAAUCAUGAAAGGUGCUAAAGAUUUUAUGGAUUUAUUUUGUGAAUCUCACACAAUUUUUUUUUCUGAUUUAAGAGUGCAGUGAUUGACAAUGUAAGCUGAUUAUGUUGUUGAAUCAGUGCAUAACUGAUACCCUACAGUCAUUCCAAGCAGUUGAGCUAUAGAGUAGUACAGAACAAGAAAGAUGUCCAGUUUCAGUGUGUUGUAUUUAUUUGAAACAAAAUUUAAAUAUUUGAGGAUUGAGAGGAGUGUUAGAUCUUGAAGCAGACCUGUUCUUUAACCAGAGGACAGUCAGAACCAAGAAAGCUACAAAAUCAAGUACUUGCCCCGUCAGAACCUCUGUUCCCACUAUGGCAUUGUUAUCCUCCUAAGUUAGUGGACAAUCUAGAUGGAGCCCAAGACAGUAAAAACAGGAAAGCAGUUGAAAGGACAAAGCACAUGAGUUUUGUAUAUUAGGAGAUAGGGGGAGAUAAAGUAAACUACUUAGUAAAGAUUUCUGUCAUCCUCACAGCAGCAGAAUUUCUGCAAGAUUGUGAGGUUUACCAGUACUUGAAUUUAAGAGUGCUCUAGUUAAACUGAAAUAUAGUUAUCCGAAAGUGGCUUCUGAACGAGGUGCUCAAGAAUAGCAGAGAACAGUUUUUGCUAGGGAAAUGACACGUAUAUAGGCACAUGAAAAUUAUUUUAAUAUGGCUAGUAUUUUGGGGGUAAAAAAAAAACACAAUAAAAACCCCAAGAAAAAACUCACUUUUGAGGGAUUUAGGCAAUAUGACUGUCUAAUCUUUGACACCAUAACUGGGUACACUGAGUUGGAUGGGAAAGAUGACUAAAGAUGAAGCAAUUUUCAUGUUUGGGUUCUGUUCCUCGUCUAACUGUUCCAGCAUUAAACCUUGCUUUCAGUUGUGCUCCUUACUUUGCAUCUAUAGAGACUGGACUAAGCUCAAUUUGAGGCAGUCCAGUGUGCUGGGGGUGAGAGGGGGACCAGUACUUCAAAUAGAUGCUCUGGGAAUGCCACAAAUCCUGAUCUCAAAUUUGCUUAACAGAUAAAUGUGAAAUACAAUGAAUUUAUAAAAUAUGAAAAGAGUGGUAAUUUCUGCAAUAAUCAUAAGUAACCAGAACUGUUGAUGGUGUGAGCUGGUGAUUCAACAUAGGAGGUCACUGCUGUAAAAGUAACCAUAAUUGUAGUGAAACCAGUAAAGUUGUGACUAUGUUAAGAACAUUAGAGUCUAUCUUAACAAUGGUUUUAACUGACUGUUCAAGCACUUAAGAGUUUAUAUUUUUAUAUUUUUAUUU